CAACAGGAACGUUAGAUGAGAUGCAGAGUCAACAGAGUGAUUUUGACUCCUCUACCGGUCUAUAACUACCUUUCAAAGAAGGUGAUAUCGAACGACAUCGUUUGCAGCGUUAUCUUUUCGUUUUAUAUUUCUGUAUUGGAAGUGGCUGUGGGUCCUUCGAGUUUCAUUCCAAUUCUGAACUCUGAUUUCUUUUCUUUCUCAAGGUCACUGAAGAAAAUGGCCGCGAAGGUUGGAUCGUUUAGGCAAAGUUUUGCAGAGAGGAGCAACGAAAGACUGCUUCCAAGAAAAGGGUACUCAGAUUUUGGCCUAAACAGCUCAGAUGGUGGCGGUGAAGAGGGAGUCAAAUGCCGCUGCUGUCGAUCACUUUCUGAUUGGAUCAUCAAAAUCUGGAAUAAGUCACAAGAUGGUGCUGUCGAGUUAUAUAAGAUGGGUCGUACAGAUCCUCGAAAAGCUAUUUUCGCUAUCAAGAUGGGACUGUCGCUUGCACUUGUUUCUUUAGUCAUUUUCUUCAAAGAACCUCUCAACAAUGCUAAUCAAUACUCGAUCUGGGCAAUUCUCACAGUGGUCGUGGUUUUUGAGUUCAGUGUAGGAGCAACACUUAACAAAGGAUUCAAUCGUGCUUUGGGGACACUUUCUGCUGGUGGGCUCGCCCUUGGCAUUGCUGAGCUGUCUCUGUUGGCAGGAGAUUUUGAAGAAGUUUUUAUCAUCAUCAGUAUUUUCAUUGCAGGAUUUUCUGCAAGUUACAUAAAGUUGUACCCCACUAUGAAAUCUUAUGAAUACGGAUUUCGGGUUUUCCUGUUGACAUACUGUAUAGUUAUGGUGUCUGGGACCUCAUCAACAUUUGUCGAAACAGCUUUUUAUAGAUUGUUGCUUAUUGCAGUUGGUGCUGGGAUAGGCUUACUUGUGAAUAUUUGUGUAUUCCCUAUAUGGGCAGGGGAGGAUCUGCAUAAAUUAGUGGUGAAAAAUUUCAAAGGUGUUGCUGCUUCCUUAGAAGGCUGCGUCAAUGGAUACCUGCAAGGAGUUGAAUAUGAGAGAGUUCCUUCAAAAAUUCUAACAUACCAAGCUUCUGAUGAUCCGCUGUAUAGCGGCUACAGAUCAGCUGUACAAUCUAGCAGCCAAGAGGAAUCUCUGUUAGACUUUGCAAUAUGGGAGCCACCUCAUGGUCCUUAUAGAUCCUUCAAAUAUCCUUGGAAAAACUAUGUAAAAGUAGGUGGAGCAUUGAGGCACUGUGCAUUUAUGGUCAUGGCAAUGCAUGGAUGCAUACUUUCUGAAAUUCAGGCACCAGCAGAAAAGAGACAAGUUUUUCGCAGUGAGCUUCAGAGAGUUGGUAAUGAAGGAGCUAAAGUAUUGCGCGAGCUUGGAAACAAAGUUGAAAAGAUGGAAAAGUUAAGUCCAGGAGACGUACUGCUAGAAGUCCACGAAGCAGCAGAAGAGUUGCAAAUGAAAAUAGACCAAAAAUUUUACAUUCUAGUUAAUUCAGAAAGCUUUGCAGCUGAAAAAGCGCCCAAAGAAUUCGAAGAUCAUGAGAACUUUAUUGAAGUCAAGGACAACGAAAAUGGGAAUGCACAAAAUCCAAACAUAAGCUUCAAUCCUUCCGUGCCGGAAUGGAUAUCAGAGACUAUGCUCAGACGACCAGUGUCAUGGCCAUCGUUUACAGCUGGUUCAUUGCUUGCUGAACAGGAAUCAAGAGUACUUGAAAGUGCGAGCUCUUUAUCUUUAGCAACAUUUGCAUCAUUGUUGGUAGAGUUUGUUGCCAGACUUCAAAACCUUGUGGAUGCUUUUCAAGAGCUUAGUGAGAAAGCAGGUUUCAAGGACGUUACAGAACCAUCAGAAGAAAAAUUGGAGGCUGGAUUUUGGAACAGACUAAGAAGGUGCUUUCAGUUUAAAAAAUAAAUUAAUAAUCCGCUCACAGGUACUGAUUUCUGCUUGGUUUCGUUUGGCUUUCCACUUCAGUAAAGAACCAGAAAUAUUGCAGUCGGGAAGGAAUAUAAUAGACUACAAAGAAUAAGAGAUCUCUCCUCAAAUUGUUGAGUUUAUUUUGUUUAGAAGCAAGUGAAAAUAUAGAAUCCAUCCCCUCAAAAAAAAUAUAAAAUCCAUCCAAGAGGCAGAGCUUUAAAACAGAAUCCCCUAAUGUGAAACAUAGACAUCUCUUUAAUCUGAGGUAGUAGAGAUUACCUCAUACUUCCUCCCUAUAAAUAUUAAUCUUAUCUAUUAUUGUA